GGCGCGCGCAUGCGCGGGAAGGCGGCAGUCCCAGCGCGUGGACGGCGGCAGGAUGAGCAAGGCGCAUCCCCCUGAGCUCAAGAAGUUUAUGGACAAGAAGCUAUCACUGAAGCUGAACGGCGGGCGGCACGUGCAGGGGAUCCUCCGCGGCUUCGACCCCUUCAUGAACCUGGUGAUCGACGAGUGCGUGGAGGUGGCCCACGGCGGCCAGCAGAACAACAUCGGCAUGGUGGUGAUAAGAGGCAACAGUAUCAUCAUGUUGGAGGCCUUGGAACGAGUUUGAGAGAGCCUGUCCAUCCGCCCAUCUGUCCACCCGUCCUUCCUUCCUGUCAAAUGUUUUCACAAUAAACUUUUGUAAUGGUAAAACAAA